AUGACCGUCCUGGGUAACAUGGCCGUGGUCAAGUGUCUGCUGCUGUUGAUAUUGGAACUCACUCUCCUGAGGGAGGGGGCAGCUCGGAAAAGUGUCAAAGCGGGGGACACUGCCCUUUGUCCUCCUCUGGAGGGCAACAGUGUGAGGGUUGACAUUCGCAUCCUCAGACAAAACCAGGUUGCCUCUAUCUCACACGACUUCCAGAACCGCUCCAGCUCCCCCUGGGAUUACAACAUCACCCGGGACCCUCACCGGUUCCCCUCUGAGAUUGCAGAGGCCCAGUGCAGACAUUCGGGCUGCAUCAAUGCCGAGGGGAAGGAAGACAGCUCCAUGAACUCCGUCCCCAUCCAGCAAGAGUUCCUGGUCCUCCGAAGGGAGCCCCAGGGCUGCUCUGACUCCUUCCGGCUGGAGAAGGUGACGGUGACUGUUGGCUGCACCUGCGUCGCCCCCAUCAUCCGCUAUGCACGUGACCUGAGAGCUGCACCUCAACUCAGCUGAAGAAGCUGUAGCAGUGCCACGCCUCACCCAGCGCUCUGCAAGAAGUCCUGUGUCGUCCUGAUUCUCCCCACUUCAUGGGACUCUUAAUGAGGUCUGCACGGAAUUCUCCAAGCUUUGUAUUAGGUGUAUUAACUUUCUGGGGGCUUUCCGAAUCCUAACAUAGUCCUGAGCUAUUUCAAUGUCCCAACCUCUGAAAACGAAUCCAGGAGAAUCUAGGAGCCCUUGGUGCACACCGUUCAUGUACUGUGAUGACCACCUUGGGGUCGCUGCGAUGCAGCGCCACUCCCUGGGCGCUUUGUUGGUGCAAGGGGCCUCUGUUCCCUGCGGAGAGAAACACAGAAAAUAUACCCACAACGUAAUUGUG